CAAACCGUUCGGACGUGUCGCUCUCCGUGCGAGGGUGUGUGAGUGGCGAAUAAAAAUAUCGAGGAAAAAGCUCGCACGUGCGACGCUUGCAAAAAGUAAUAGGAAAUAUAUAUUUUGCGAGGAGGGGGCCCUGCGAGGCGGAAUCCAAAUAAAUAUUCGAUAACGAGUGCGAAAAUAAUUUGCAAGCGCAAAAAGAUUUAUAAAUAGUGCAACAACAACAGCAACGGCAUCGGCAGCAGCACAAUAAAGAAUUUGUCAGGCGGCGUUUGUUUUUGUUCUCCCUCUCUCUCCCUCAGUCGCACUCGCUGCCUGCUGGCCGCUCGCCUCUCGCCUUCCGUCUCUGUCUGCCGGCCUUCGUCGCGUGUGUGCGUGUGUCGCCGCGUAUCCGUGAGUGAGUGUGUGCAGCGCAAAGAUAAAAAAGUUGAGAAAUUGAGAUAUACGAAAUGAAAUACAAAAAUUCAACUUAAGAAAUUGCGCCGAAGAGAAAUUAAUUUAUGGCGAAAAUUUAAUAAGUGCAGGGCAUAGGAAAAGUGCGCACAAGUUUUACACCGCCGACAAACGCCGGCCGAUAUAUAUUUCUAUAAAUACGACUGAAAUAAUAUCGAAAUAUUCUAAACACGCGACAAAAUAAAGAAAGAAAAUCCUGUGAGUGUGCCUGUGUGUGAGCUAAAAUGCCGUCGGCAAAAUGCUAGAUGUUAGUUAAGCUAGCUGGCAAAAUCAAACAAAACCAAUCAACAAAUGUGCCAAAUUGUUAGGUAAAAGAACCGGACAGAUGGGAAAAUUAGCCUAAAACCACUGGUAAUGCAAGUAAUAUGGAUCCCAAUCGUAGUUUGAAUUAGAAAUAAUAAAAAAUUGUAAGCCACAAGACAGUCACAUUUUUGCAGGGAAUCCAAAGGAUCUAUUUCGAUCUUAAUCAGCUUCAAAGAAAUGUUGCAUCCCUGAAGGAAGCAACAUUAUAUCCAUCAAUCGCUUUCAAAUCAAGAGGGUCACAAUCGAAAACUAGUUAAAAUGGACUACUAGUGCAGACCCAACGAUCGAAACUUGGUUAUCUAAAGUAUCGCCCAAAAUGACCGAAUACGUGACGCCCAUGAUCAGCACCGUCUUGAAGAAAUACCAGACGAGUGCCACCAAAUCGCUCCAGGGUCCAGGACACACCCUAACAGCCGCCGGUGUCCUUGAUAUUGCCACCAAUGGAAGAAGCGACAGUCCUGGCCUGGGCUUGUCGAACGGAAAGUGUCAGGCCUCCUCGCCAGUUGUGGCCCUGAUAAAGAAGGAAAUACUCAGCUCGCCAGAGCCCCAGGAACUCCAUCAUGAGUGCUCCUCGAGGGGCACGCCUCCUCAGAUAUAUCCACCCGCCACGCCCCCCCGGGAACUCUCGCAGCCGAUUCUAUCCGUGGCUGAUGCGGGUUGUGGAGAACUCUACGAGACGAAGCUGGAGGGAAAAACCAUAGGAUGCUUUUCCGUGGGCGGAGAAAUGAGACUUUGCCUGCCCCAGUUUCUCAACAAUGUCCUGAACGACUUUUCCCUGGAGCAGAUCAACAGGAUCUUCGAUGAGCUGGGCAUAUACUGCUCGCAGUGCACGCCCGAUCAGCUGGUGGAGUUCAAGGCCGCCAAGAUCCUGCCAUCGGACGUCAAGGCCAGCGGGCUGAUCACCAGAACCGACGCGGAGCGACUUUGUGCGGCUCUGCUCCACCGAUCGGACCGCAAUAGCUACGUCCCGAUCGAGAGCCUGGCCAAGGGAGCGCUGAGCUUCCACGUCUAUCACAAGUGCUUUGGCAAGUGCGAGGGCAUCUGCACCCCCGACAUGUACUCGUACCAGAAGCCGACCUGCAUCCAGUGCCUGGAGUGCGACGGCUGGUUCUCGCCGCAGAAGUUCGUGGGUCAUGUGCACCGGAAGUUCGAGAACCAGACCUGUCACUGGGGCUUCGACUCCCGCAACUGGCACGACUACCUUCAUGUGGCGCUGGACGUCGAGAACCGCGAAAAGUACCAGAUCGUCCUGGAUCAGCUGAAGGAGGUGGAGCUCAAGGAGAAGCAGCGGGAAUUGGAUCACAAGAAAAGAAAGGCGGAAAUGCUCAUGGAUGACGGUCUCCUGGGCUCGGGGCAUGUUCUUGGAUUGGCCGGCCAUCCACAUGGCCUGGUAGGCGCCUUGGCCCCGCCCCCGCCACCACCGAUGAAGCAGCCGCAGAUGGACAUUCCCAGUGGCAAGAAGCAGCUGCAGCAGCUCAAGGGGGCGUCGUCGGCCGCCUCCACGUUUGAGUACCACUAUCAGUUCAUGUGCGCACACCUGGAAAGGGAGCGAGAGCACCUGCCGCACACGCAUCCCCUGAGCCACCAGCAUCGGGCCGUUCUGGUGGCCCACCCACACGGGCCGCAUCACCACCCACCACCCACGCUGAACUCCGCGUCGGCCUUCCGACCUUGGGGACCCACCAACUCCAAGGCCUUCCUGCACGCAUAUAACGCCACGCUGUCUUCGCUACCCUAUGCCUGCCAGGAACCACCAGAACUCCAGAAUCCGGAGCGGGUCGUGCGGAGUACGGACAAGAGAUAUGCGGAGAGGACCUACCAACCCAACGUGGCCUUGGCCCCGCGCAAGAGUAUUCUGUCCAAGGAGCGGGACAAGGACAGGGAGCGGCUGGAAAGGGAGGUGAUGGUGCGUCAGAGAUUGAGGGAGAAGGAGACGGAUCACCAGGUGGUGCACAUCAAGCAGGAGCGAUCGCAGACACCCCCGCCACCCACGACAUCGCCACCCGAGGUUCUGGCUGCUCCUCUGGACGUCGUGGAACCACCACACACCUCCUCGAGUGGCAGCAACUCCCCGCUACCCGCCCACCUGCCCGCAGCACCAGCCACUGGACCACCCAAUGCUGCCGGAGCACCGCCAACACCCACUAAUCUCCGAAACAUGCGCAGUCCGGAGGAGUUUUCAGCGGGAGGCAGCAAUGAAAUUACCUCCUCCACGUCGCCACACCAUCAGCAGUCGUCGCACCACCAGGUGGUGCAGCAGCCGGCAGGAGCUCAAGCUCCGUCGCAGCACAUCAUAGCCACCGUUAAUCAGCAUGCCAAACUUUUGCCCAGCUCCAGUUCCCUGCCAAACGGCAAUGGAAGUUCAUCGCUGGCAGCCACAAACAACGAACCGAGUCGGAUCAGGAUCAACAAGAACCUGAUGAGCCACCAGCCGGUGGUUGGGGUGAGCGGCAUUGCCCCACAUCACAACCCGCACCACCCAACGCACAUGCAUCACUUCAGCCAUGGGUACUACAAAAGCCAGGCCUCCUCACCCACUCAGUCCUCCAGUGCUGGCCUGAACUUGAGUACCCACUCAUCGAAUGUGGUCAGUUCGCCCCAUCAUCCCAACCAACAGAAGUCCCAGCAUAGUUCGGGAGGAUCCGGGAUCCAUAGCCUUAAAAAUGGUAAGACCCAUUUGGGCAGCGAAUUCGAGUUGUCCACGGACACUGAUGAUACGGACAGUCUGAACGGAGAGCCCGACUCGAGUGCCAUGCUACCACCUUGGGAGCAGGCUGUGGAAUCCCUGAGAGAAACUCGACCCAGGGACCGGGAGAGAGUUCUCAGCCUACUCCAGAGAUUACUGCAGGAGAACCAUCAAUACCGAUAUAAUAACAUCCAACUGAGUGAACUGCUCCACAAGCAGGACGUCCAUAUAGCCGACCUUACGGAGCAACUUCAGAGAUAUCGCAGGCAAUACGAGGAGCAGGUCUGCAAAGUGGAUCUUCGAAAGAUGCCAUUCAAGCCGCAAACCCGGCUGGAGGAACCGGUGGAAGAGGGUCGGGGAGAUCCCGAGGAGGACGAGGACCUGGAGGAAGAGGAAAUGGAGGACAGGGCUAAUAAUAAUAAUCAACAGGAGCCAUCUCCCCUGAUAAAGCCCCCAACAAAUGGCCUGCGACGGAGUGCCACGCCCCUAAACUGUUGUGUGAGUGAAGGGGAUUUUGAAAAGCUAGAAGAGCCAGAAAGCAAAAGAAUAAAGCUGCAGCCCGAAGAAAAACCAGAGGAUCGGCAGGUGGAAGAAGAGGAAAGUCCCUCUAAUAUUUCGGAGCCAGGCGAUCUGGAAAAAAACCAAGAAAUUGGCGAGAAAACCCCCCCAAACAACAAUCUUAAAAGUCCCCAACCCAGUCAAACAUCCAGCGAUGAGGACAUGGACGAAGAUGAAGACGAAGACGAGGAGGAUGAGGAGGAAGACGAAGAGGUUCAGAUAGAAGCCCCCCACAGUAGUGCUUUGGCCACGCCCCCCACGGCCACAACGCCCCUUUCGCCGGACUCGGCGGCAACUGCCGGACAGUUGUUCGAUAGUAGCAACAGCAGCGAUGAGUCCUCGAUGAAAAAGGCCCAGAUGUCCGCCUGCCAUGCACUGGAAAAAAUCAGCAGUCAUGUGGGCAGUGAGGACAACCAUCAGACGCUCGAAGAGGAAAGUCAGGAGGAGGAGGCGGAGGCGGAUGAGAAUCCAGAGGAAGAUGAAUCCGAUGACGAUGAGAUGCCCCUGCAGCAGCGACAGCAGCAGCAGCGCCAGCGGGUGGGCCCUCAGACCGUGCUCAGUGGAUCAGUCCCCGUGGGACACCACCAAGCACCCCCACAUGCCCCCAUGGCAACCAAGGCCAGCAAGAAGCAAACGCCACCAGCACCACCCACUGCAGCCCCAUCCACCACAACAUCAGCAACAACGAACUGCGAGUUACAAAUCAAAAAGGAAAUAACCUAGAGUUAAAAUCCCAUAGAUCCUCUCUCAGAAGAGCUCUUUCACACACACGUCAAACAGUUUAAACUUAGUUAAGAUCCGUUUUUCUUUUGGAGAAGAAGGUGCAGACAAAAUUCAAGCACAAAGCCUAAUCGCACACAUUGUCUAUUCGCAAACAGGAAUAAAUGAUAUCUAAGCUAAGAAAAUACGGCUUUUGAAUUGCUACAUUUUUAAUUAAAAACAUUUUGAACGUUUAAGUACAUAAAAUCAAAGUUAAAAAUACCUUCAGAAAAUAUUUCAAUUCAUUUAAAAUAACUCGAGAUUUCAGAGAUUCACAUAAUUUAUUGGGAGUUUAUAAGCUACUUGCAAUACUUUUGUAGCUAAUAAACUGUGAAAUCGAUAUCGUAUUUAAAAUUUCUGAACUCGAUAUGUAAACCCAAAAGCAAUUUUUCUUACUUUCUUUGCAUAACGUUUCCCCUUAACGAAACCUAUUCAAAAUUUUGAAGCAUAUUUUAAAACGAUUUUACACAGCUUGAAUUGAUCUCACUUUAAAAAAGAAAAGGACAAAAACAAAUUUAUUUAGGCAUCCCUAUUUCGAAAACCUUUCAACGUUGCUUGCAGAAAUUAUAAAUGAAACCAAAGCUUUAAAGAAAAAUUAAUUUGUGUAUAUUAUUCAACGACCAAUUUGUGCGUGUGUUUUUACCACUUACCGCUAAAACUAAUUAAGUUAUUAUUUUUACACUUGUAAGCUCUGCAAGACAAUUUAAAUCCAAAAUAAUAUUCAAAGCGAGGCUUCGAAAACAAAAUUUAGGAAAGGUUUUUCUUUGGUCAGACAGGCAGCUGGUUUUUAUUAAGGAAGGAAAUAUAUUAUAUAUCGCCCUCUGGAAACCGAUGUAAUUACAUUUAGUUGUACCUUAAUUUUAGGUUGAACAGACAAAUUGUUAGAGCAAAGAGAGAACACACAAAAUGAACCCACCACAGAUAACACAAAAUAAAUGCUAAACACUUCUAACGUAAUUCUAAUUAAAGAGGAAAAAUAUGUUUAUGAAUAAGAUGUUGCCGCGUUAAAUUUAUACAAUACAAAUAUGAGUAAUAUUCUACGAUAUAUGAUAGAAGAUGGCAGCAAGUGUGGGAAUAUUAAUUAACAUUAAGCCUCCACGAGAAGCAUAAACAUAUACAUAACAUACAUAAAGAUUAAUAUUUAUUGUAGCUGCUAGUUCUAAAUCGAGCAAUUCUCUUAACUGUAUAAUUAUAGACUUCUGUUCUUCUUCACCUUGUAAGCUUUGCUCUGUAGGCAUUUAGUUUCGUAGAUUGUAACCAUACCACAACAUUUGCUAACUAGUUCUUAAGGCUUCUGUGUGGCGUAGUUCUUUGUCUAUUGUAAAUGGCAUCGAAUGGUCUUCAUUUUUUGUAUAUAUAAUUUUUUCUUCGACGAGAUUAGGGUACUACGGAUUUUAGUUGCCAACACUUUGUGAGAAACAUAUAUGCUAGAUAUCUUCUGGAUGAUAACCAACUGGAAAUAAACCCAAGCCAAGAGCCAAGCGAAAGAGCGCAGAGAUUUCUAAAAUCUAUAAACUUUUGUUAUUAAAACAUAUUUCAUAAAUUAUUUAUGCCUGUGUGUGUUUGUACUUUCUAAAAGAAAACAUUUCGUUCUGUAUUUAAGAAACCAUUUUCUAAGCUACAACUGAAAAAAAGGAAACAAAACUUUUAAACAAAUUCAAACCAAAAUUUGUCUAUCUUAAGCUAAAAUUAUGUAAAAUUGUAUAAAUUUAAAAAGGCGAUAAACGAACCAUUAAAAUAUUAAAUAAAACAUUUAUAAACUAUUUAAAUGGACCUUAAGCAUGAAAAAUUCAUUGUUAUGCUUAUUAAAGAAAGUUAAAUAAAAUAUAUGCGACAAAAAUAAAGAAACAAAUUACAAUUGCUAUGCAAAAAUAUAAAAAAAUUUACUAAUUAUUGUAAAUUAAUUCUCUUAAAUUUUUGUGUUUUAUUUUCCAGACCAGAACCAGUACGAUAAUAAACGAAUUACAUUAAAUAAAUUAUAAAACACAUAAAGCAGAACAACAGUACCGAUUGAAUAGGGACGAAAAAUGGUUAAUCAAAAACAUUAAAACGGUUUUCAGCAAAUUUCGUGUACUUAUGGCCAAAUUUUACAAACGAUUAAAAUAGUUAAACAUACAGAGACGAGAGAAACCGAAACUUUUUUGUAUAAUUUUUGCUAACAACCCAAAGAGAUAAACAACAAAACAAACAAUCAUUUUUAUAUUUAAUCAAUUAAAUACAUUGACAAAUUUUACAUAACCCGAGUGUUUAUAUAUGACAUAUUAUAUAUUUAACUUUAAAUACGAGACGGAACGAUGCCCAAAAUACGAGCAUAUUUGCCCCGCUUACUGAAUGCGACUUCAAAUUGUUAAAAGUUAAACGUGCAAAGGCUAAGGAACCAGAAGAACAAAAAAUCACAAAAUAAUGGCAUAAGUUAUAUAUUAAUUAUUUAAGCAUGCAGCAACAAAUCCGCGUCUUGUCAAAAUACAACAUAUACAUAAUUAUAUGUCUGACGAUUCAGAAUGCAGAAAUAAAAUGUACAAAUUGUGGAGCAAAUUAACAAUAGAAAAUGUAGUGAGAAUUCGGGAGAUAGAGGAGUAUGAACGAAAACAUCAAAUGAAAUGCACCACAAGCAAAUAAAGUUUAAUCAAAUUAAACAGUUCAUGAAAAAACAAAUUUGACUUCAACGUUUCAUAUUUAAGUAGUGCAGAAACAAAUAAAUACAAAGGAAAACAAAAAUAAAUUAUUACACAUGUAAUGAAAACAAAAACAACCAAUAAAAAAGCGAUAAAUAUUAUGCAAAAUA